AUGACCACCAUGCGUCACUUUGAAACACAAAUCCUACCUGUUCAGUCAGCGCAUUUCCAGUUCCAAGACGAGAGUCUCAAUGCCAAACCUGUUAUUACUCAUGCAAAAGACCAGCAAGCGAUUGACCAAGCUGUCGAAUGGCUCAAACAAGGUGAAGCUGUAGGUAUCCCUACCGAAACAGUCUAUGGUCUUGCAGCCAAUGCCCUCUCUUCAGACGCCGUAAGCAAGAUUUUUGCUGCCAAGAAUCGGCCUCAAGACAAUCCACUUAUCGUCCAUGUGUCGUCAUUGGCCAUGUUGGAGUCCAUGUUGCCCGAUCGCAAGAUACCUGCAGUGUAUCUUCCCAUUGUCGAGCGUCAUUGGCCAGGACCCUUGACUAUCAUUGUACCCGCCCAUCCUGAUAUUGUACCCGCUUCGGUGACAUGUGGUCAACCUACUGUGGCAGUACGCUUUCCAGCACAUCCAGUCGCACGUGCGUUGAUUGAUGCAUGUGGUUUCCCGCUCGCUGCUCCCUCUGCUAAUGCAUCUGGUAAACCAUCGACAACAACAGCUCAACAUGUGUACGAUGAUCUUCAAGGAAGAAUCCCUGCUAUUUUGGAUGGGGGUCCGUGUCGUGUGGGUGUGGAAAGUACCGUCUUGGAUGGAUUGAGAUCACCAGCUGCUAUUCUACGUCCUGGAGGUGUUACCUAUGAAGCUUUGGCGGAUUUGUUACCUGGCCUUCAAGUGUAUCGUAAGGAUUUUGUGGAUAAGGCUCUUGAAGAAGCACCUACAACACCCGGCAUGAAAUAUCGUCAUUACUCUCCCGAUGCGCCUGUUGUUCUUAUUGAUGCCAAUGUCCAUGAUUUCGAACAACGAUGGAAGGAGGAAUACAAUGCCCAUUUCAAGGAUGCUACCAAGGUGGGAUUAUUGACAUCAAGAACCAACAAGAGUGAUGAUCAAUCAUCAUCGGUGACAGUGGAACGUAUCUCGAUGGGUACAUCAGCUGAGGAGGUAGCACGCGGUUUAUUUGGUGGAUUACGUGAUUUGGAUACUCGCAACGUCGAUGUCAUUUUCGUUCAAGGCGUCACUGAGACACAAGAAGGCAUGGCGGUUAUGAAUCGUUUACGCAAGGCUGCUUCCAAAGUGUGUACAUAG